AUGCAGUCGUCUACACACAUUCGAAUUGUAACAAUCGAAAUAUUCGAUAGUUCUCAUUCGAUUGUCCUCAUCAUUACUCGCUAAUGCGCAUCAGUUGAGAUUCAUUAUUGUACGAAGCGUUUUAUGUGGUAACGAACGAAUGACCGCUCUUCAGGUUAUGAAACAUGUUUCAAUAACUUCUAAACAACUGGGACUUACAUCAGAUCACUGACUUUUAUAAUGCCCAAACACCACCAGCCAAUGACUCUGCUUUCACUGUGUCACACCCAAGUUUCAACAAACUUGGUUUCAACUUGCCGUUUACUCCAGCUUACUGCCCAGGAUUCAUCAGCUGCACAUGCCUUAACACUAGCUCGCCGUAGGUUUCGUCCAAAUCUGCUCUUGUCUCUGCCUGGUCUUAUACGAUCGCAGCUGAUUGAAGAAGUGUCAAAACUUUUAUCUGCACCAGCACCUGAUGGCAGUGUGGGGGGAGCAGGCCCUGCACCACUCUAUCUCCUUGCACUAUUACUUGCACCAGAUGUCCAUCAACUAAGAGUAGAAUUAUGCUGUUACUAUGGAUGCAGCCAUCAGGCAGCUCUGUUGCGUCUCUUGGCAUCAGAAGGCUGUGGAUUAGAAACCUUGGAACUUGCUCGUUCAGCCCUGCUGCGCUUAGAUCGCAGUCUGCUGCAUGAUGCUCUGAUAUCAGCCACCUCACUUCGACACCUUAUUCUUCGUAACAUAGCUGGUGAUGCAGUUCUACAAGUUAUUGGAACAGCAUGUCCUUGUCUUGUUGUACUUGAUGUAUCUCAAUCAAGACAAGUGACAGAUGCUGGACUUCGAAACCUCUUCCUUCAAGUAGAACUUCGUGAUAAAGCUUCGCCAUCUUCUGCAGCAGGAAAAUGUGAGAUAUCUAACUUAGAACAAUGUGUAAAUUCAAAUGGAGGAUGUAGUGGCAGAAGUUGGGGAAGAUUAAGAAUCUUGCUUCGACUUUUCCCACGAUUAAGGUUAAAUCGUGAAGGUGAAAAUAAGAUGAGAGAUCGAUCAUUUCUUCUCGAGUACUGUGAACUCCGUAAUCCUCUCUGUAAUACUCUUAGAAUCCUUAAUAUUGCCAAUACAGGUGUCACUGCUGCAGGGAUUCUGUUAGCUCUACAUCAUGUGCCUCGGAUACAGUCUCUAGGUGAUUAUGGACACAUGGGAAGAGCACUUGAAAUAUUAGACAGAGCAUGGACUGCAUCAACAGGAAACAGUGAUCCUCCAUCACCACCCAGCUUCAGUCUAAUUUCAGCAAGAUGCCAACGAACCACGAUAAGACGACUUGAAUUGCUCUCACUUUCUUGUCCCGCAUUGCAGAAGCUUACCAUUUAUGAACCCCAUCACCCACCCUCAGCACUACAUGUAUUCCCCCCCACACUUACUACCCUUCACCUCCUCAGCAUUCCCUCUGAUGUAGAUUGGAUUACUGGACUUUAUUCCUUCCUGGCAACUCCACAUGGGUCACACUUACAUGACCUUGCAUUACGCUUUUCCCUCAGUGAACAAUAUAUUUCACUGGACCUUAGCCAAAUCUUAAAAUCGUGCCCCAAUCUCCACACAUUAGCAGAAGAUGGUGCAGAUGUUGACUGGAAGAAGGAAUUUGAAGAUGACACAUUGAGUGUUAUCCCACCAUUAAUAAACUUGAGGAGCAUUCAGCUGGGACGUAUAGUGACAGCACACGCAUUGACUGAACUGCUGAAGCGGGCACCUGCUCUCAAAAUUGCACACUUCUACAGAUGCCCUGACCUGACUGAUGAACAUUUAAUUAGCCUUACUGCCAAACCAUCUAAUACUAGUCAUUGCUACUGGCAGGAGAAUCAGAAUUCACCUGCACAUCCCUGUCUGUCUCAGCACAUUGAGUGUUUUUACAUCUAUGAGGCCUCCCACAUAACUGCACCCGCAGUAGUUACCUUACUUGCACGUUGUGAUAAUCUUUUACGAACUGGCAACCUAAGUAAUUGGGGUCUUGACUGUGAGGGAAUACGGUGGAUACACAGCACAAUAUUGGACAACAAUCUCAAUUUAGAAAUCAACCCAGGAUCGCACUGGUUCUGUUCUCAGUGUUUUCCAAUCUCAUGACACAAGGUACUCACUCCUGUUCUCUGUGCAGGGAAAUGUUAGAAAAUAUAUGAAUUUAUUGCAUUUUUUAGUUGGUAUUUAAUGAUAGUGUCAGUUUCGAGACUAUGUAGAGAUGGUAUUAAAUUUUUGUUCUUCAAGCAUAUAAGAACCUUACUAUAAAUGUCACAUUUUUAAGCUCUGUUAUAUGUCAGUUGUGCCAUUAAUGUAUCAGCUGCUAUAAAAAUUACAGUUGUCACUUGUAGUUCAAUAUAAUUUUAGCUGAUUCUUCCAGUGCCUGUAAGGUUCAGGUGUUGUAUACAACAUACUGGAGAUUAUUUAUUCAAUUACUGCCUCUCAAAACUGGCUAAUAUGAAAAUAGUGCUCUGUGUCAAAGCCUGUACACCUCAUUUCCACAUAUGAUUGUUGAAAGUGUGUAUCAUUUCAACAUACUUUUGAAAUUCAAACUGCUGUCGUCAAUUUUGGCAUAUUUUGCAAGACUGAAAUAAGAUAUAAAUAAAAUGAAUAUUUGUUAAAUAGUUUCACAUAACAGGACAUUUUAAAGUAUUCAUUUAAUGUUAAUGUAAGAAUUUACAGCAUUUUAGUUUGUUCAAAGGCGUUUAUUUUGUAUUCAGCUUCUUUUCAUUCAUAUUUUUAUAUAGUGUGGUGGUAGAUAACUGGUCCGAUAUAUCCUGGACCUUUCUUUUUAGUGCUUCGAGCACUGAAUCCACUUCUAACUUGAACAGAAAAAGAAAUUUUGAACACAAAUCAUAUGCACAAAUUUUUCACUAUCUGUAUAUUCCAGUAACGGCAAAAUUUUUGUGUGUCCAUACAUGCCAAAGAGAUUCUAUGUUAUUAUAAACUGAAGAAGCAUAAGCCAUGGUUUGACGAAAGAUGCCCAAAAUUGAGAUAAAAGGAAACAAGCCAAAUGAACGGGGAUAACCUGAAGAAUAUAAGAAGUAAAGCCAGCAGACAUUUCAGGAAUAAAAAGAGGAAAUUUCUGAAAGACAAAAUCAGUGACAUUGCAACAGAGAAUAAGAACAAGAACAUCAGAGACUCAGGUAGCAUAAUAAAUGAAUUUAAGAAGGGUUGCCAACCUAAAACUACCUUAGCAAAGGAUCAGAAUGGUAAUCUGCUUGUAGACUUAAUGGAAGAAUUAUAGUUCAAGCGGUUAGUCACUGGUUUCCCACUGCAGUGGCCCAGUCUGGUCAAGUGGGA